AUGAAUUAAUAAUUCUUGGUUGUAGAGGCUAGUCUAAUCAACCUUUUAUUUAAGAAAGCUGAAAUUUUGGGUAGGGGUAAGGAUUUGAUUCAUGGAAUAAGUUCGAUCAUAUAUAGAUUGAUAAAAAAUAACACCAAUAAAUUGUUUGAUUCAUCUGAUAAAUGGGGGAGUCAUGCGCUAUAAAUAUACGAAAAUAUUACUCGGGAAGUUUUCGAGGCUAAAGUACUUCAAUUAUAAAAGGCCAUGACUCUUCAUUUGAAUCCUUAUUCAAGUAGAAUUAUUUUAAUUGCAAAGGAAUAACUAAAUCACACAUAAUUUAAUCUGCAUGUUGUUUACGAACUUCAACACAUGGAUCUAGACUCGAAGAGUAUUAGAGAAUAAAGAGAGGGCCUUAAUCAUAAUGAUGCAAAAGAAUUUUUGAGUUUUUUAUGUCAAAAUUAUGUUUUGGGAGCUUAAUUUACAAAUGAAUUUUUAGAUAUCAGUCCACAAAAUAUCUUUAGAAAUGGAAAAUCUUAUAUUGUUUCUAAUUUCGGAUUCAAUUUUGCUGGAACAAAAUUUCAUAGAAUUUAUUUGCCUACAACUGAUCCAAUCUAUCAGGAGAAAGUGCCAAGCUAAAAAAAUAUUUUGUAUUCGUAUGCCUUUAGGGCAGCCUUAGUGACUUUGUGUCUUAUGACUUAGAUAGAUCCUAUGGAUUUAUUUUAUUAAGAUGGAUAAUUUAAAUAAGAGUUAUUGUAUCUUAUAACAAAAAAGGAUAGAAAAGAGAAAAAGAAAGACAAAAGAUUUAUUGAUUCAAUUGAUAAAUUUUUUAAUGAGAAAUUGAUUCACACAAAAGAACAAGAUUACAAUGAAUAAUUAAGGAAAUGCUUUGGAACAUCUUUUGUAUAUGUAAGAUCUGAUAGAUUUCUUAAAUACAAAUACAAUAAAGAAUUUCUCGAUUAUCUCAGGAAAUUGCUUGAUGUUACAAACAUAUAAUCUAGAGCAAUUUUUCCACUUUUAGUUUCACAACCUGAAAAUAUUUUAGGCGUCAAUAAUUCGUAUGAUGAAAAAUUUUAUUAUCUAAACAACUAUAUGAAUGGCACAUUCGAUAAUAAAGUAUUGGAUGGAUGUGGAAUUGUAUCAUCUGACCAAGAGGAGUUUAGUAAAAAUAAGGGAAGGAUUAUUACUCAAAAAUGUGGAUAGUUUUCGAAGGGAAAAGUUUCUGGGGAGUAUAAUAUAAUCAAAAUACACAAGAAAUACGAAUGCACAUUGUACAAUUUGUAAUGUGGCUUAACAUUUCAUUAUGUCAAUUAGAAAAUGCUGUAUUUGACUGACAAUGUGGUAGCUCCCAUAAAUCCAAUAGGCAAAUCACCAAAGGAAUCAAUUUAUAUUUUCAAUGGUGAAAUAGAAAACGGAAAUUUGAAGAAAGGAUUCUCAUAUUAAUUAGAUAACACAGUAUUCAAAGGAGAGUAUCUAAAUAAUUAACCAUAUUAAGGCAAAAUGAUUUACCCAAACUCAGAUGUCUUUGAAGGGAAAAUGGAUGGCUUUAAUAAAAAGAAUGGAUAGCUUAUAACUAAAGAUUUUAUUUUUGAAGGGGAUUUUCAGAAUGAUUAAUUUUUCUAUGGUUUGAUGGAAUAUAAGGAUGGGGGAAGUUUUUAUGGGUAUUUUAACAAUGGAUUAAGAGGUAAAUCUUCUAUAUGAUUAUAAUAGUUAAAGUUGGAGUCUAUAAUUAUCCCUUUUCCUAAAUUUAAUAUUAAGGAUAGUAUGCUAAUGAUAAAAGACAUGGCAAGGGAUUAUUUAUUGAUAAAUCUUAAGAAAACUGUAUCCAAGAAGUUGUAUACAAAAAUGGGAAGUGUGAAUCCAAGCUUAAUGAACAUUUUUCAACAGUCUUGAAAAAAAUGAGAAGAACGAACUUAAAAACAAUACAAUGAGG